AGUCUUCUGCGCAAAAAAGAAGAUAAAUAGUUUUUGCUGCAUUGCUUUGGACGGUUGCAAUGCUGAAUCGAGUCAUCAACGACAUUUACCACCUGCGUCGGGUGCAUUCCAUCUUGCCCGAUGCAGUUCUCGGCGACACCCUUAAGAACAAGCUUCUUCGUCUCUCCUUGCAGCCCUCCCUGCAGCAGCUAAAGCACGAACAGAUGGAAAGGACGCACGCAGGCAGCUCCACAUCCUCCACCUCGUCUUCGCCAUCGCCCGCGGCGCCAACCAAAAGCCCUGUCGUCAGGGCUGGACGCAGCGUGAUGGACAAUUUGGGCGGAAACUGGUCAACGACGCAGUCACCCUACGCCAUUGAUCCGGCUGCGCUGUGCAACCUACUCGACUCCCUCGCGUACUUCCACCUGGGCACCAGCGCCGUGGCCAGCGAGGCAGUGCAGCUGGUGCAGUGGAGUGCGCCGACGAUGCCAGUCCCGCACCUCUGCACGACGCUGGCAGCCUGUUGCGCGCUGGGCGCUCAGCAGGACGUCACCGCCACGGCCCUGCCGCUGCUCCGAACCGCCCUGCAGAACUACACAGGCACUGUGGCAUCCAAUAGCUUUGCCAGUGGCGGCGUUGCCUCAACGCCUGCUGCAGCGUUGUCAGACGAUGCGCAGCCGCUCCUCUUCUCUCAGGGGGCCAACGUGGUGAUGCUGAUUGACGCCUUGCAGCGGGCCGGCGUGCGGGAUAAGGAGGUGUGGCACUUGCUCGCCGAGCACUGCCUCCGUUACCUGGAGUCCUUCGAGGGACGGCAGCUGUGCAGCGUGGUCACCGCCCUGUGCGCGGAAGGGGUGGACGACUAUCCCGACUUCUUCGUUGCGGCGGAGCGCCACAUUACGUCGCAACCGCCGAAUUACCUGUCCCCAGAUUUGCUGCAGCAGGUGGUGCAGUGCUACAAGGAGCUGCACCAACCCGUUGUGUCGCUGCUGGCGGUCAUUAACGCCACGCCGCAGCACGCAGAGAAUUUGGAUCGCUCGAUAAGUGCGGCGGCUACCGUGGCCGCACUGUCAGGGACGCAGCACCAUGGCGUGAUCGGGAGUGUUGCGUCUUGCGCGUCCUUUGCCAGGCGGCGGACCUCUUCCGUCUCAUCCUUAUCUUCACCGACGACGUCUUACGAGCGCACUUCUGAUGCCGCGUCGGCCGCGUCGGUGCAGCACUCAGUGGAGGUGUUUGAAAGCGCCGCGAUUAGCGCGCUGGCCGCGGCGGACGCGCAGGGGGUGCUGGAGUUGCUGCGCAAGUGCGAGCACCGCCGUAUCAUGACCGCACGUGUGCUGGACACUAUCCUACGGCGUUUGGUGGCGCUCUACUACCCGGCCUUGUCGACUGGCGAGCAUGGCUGCGCCACCUCAGAGGCUUCGGGGCAAUCGACGGCAGAGAGUCGUCGGCACAUGCCGCUGGAGCUGCACCAACUGUCGCAGUGCGUCUUGACCGCACUCGAGUUCAACGACGCAACGCUGUUUGUGCCGCCUGCGCAACCUGCGAAGGACUCCUCGAAAGCUCCUCCCACCAACGCAACAAAGGAUGAAUACUUAAUUACAGUUUUGCUGAAUGCCAUCGGCGGUGAGCUCGAUCACUGGUAUCACCCUCGCCUCCUGCAGACCGUGCCCUACGCCGUGAGACUCCUGCCCCCCUCAAGGCGGCCACAGGCUUUCUUCACGGCUCUCGUCGCGCACCUGCGCCGCUCGAACGACCUCUCCUCCCACGAAGGCCCCGUGCAGCUGCGCUCCGUAGUGGAGGCAUUACUUGCCCUCCGUGACUACGGCGGUGAGGCCACGCUCGUGGAGUACAUGCCAGCAAUGACGGUGGCCGUGCUGAACGCGCCACGCACGUCGCAGCUGGAGCUGACAGCCAUGAUGGCGCAGCUGCCGUGUGCGGCAAAGGAGCUCGUGCCGAGUGUGUACCGUCAGUGGGGCUCGCAGAAGCGUUGGCUGCGCACCAUCACCACGGAAGAGGUGGAGAGUGCCCUUCAGAUUAUGGCACGCAGCGGUCAGCGCGACUCGCCGCUGCUGCACGCCGUUGUGGCCUUUGUGCAGGAGCAGCGCGGACAGCUGCCCCCGCAACGGGUGGUGGAGUACCUGCACCAGCUAGCACGGCUGGGAGUGCGGGAUUUGGAGUUGUUUACGCAUACCGCCGAGCACCUGAUGCGGCGGGCGGUGGAGUCGACUCCGUCAGCUCUACGGGACGCUAAUGAACGACUCCGACCUGGCGCACAGGCUGGCGGCGAAGGUGCGUCUUCCGCGGCUGCGCCGACUUCGCCGUGCCUCGCCGCUGCCGCGAGACAUCAGCAGUGGCAGAUAACCACCGUGCAUGACCUUGCGCUCCUGCUCUACACCUUCACCUUUGUGCUGCGCGAUUCAAUUCGGGUGACGCAGCAGAUCAUUGCUCGACUGAAGAUGUGCAGCUCCGCCGCGACUCCUCGUGACAUUUCGCUCGUCCUCUACAGCUUUGUGAAGUUGCGGGUGCUGCGUCACGAUGAGGUGACCGGCCAGCUGUGCGAGCGAGCGGCAGCUACGCUUGCCGACUUCACGGCGUCGGAGCUGGCCAGCACGUGGAGCUCGCUGCGCUGCCUCCACCACCCGCACACAAAGCUGUAUCACAGAACCUUGGAGCUGCUGGACGGGCCGCUGCCCAACCGGGGGAAAUUCGACUCCGUCGAAGCAGAUGAUGCAGUGUCUGCGGCUGCAGUGCCGACGUGGCGCUUCACGAACGCCGACUGCCUCUCUCUUGGAUCGGCGCUGCUGCUGACCGACGUCGCGCCGCUCAACGUAAAUCACCCACUCGUGCUGCGACGUGGCGCUUCGCCAGGCGGCGGUAACAGCGCUGAGCCGCCUGCUGUUUCGACGCUUCCCGCAACUCCCACCUUUGUAAAAAGUGCGUUGCCGAUCAACUUUGAGCGCCAGUACGUCGAGGUGUGCCGACGCCUUCUCCCUUCCGCAAGCGGUCAGCGUCUGUACUUGAUCCUGUGCAGUCUGAGUCGGUGCAACACGACGCCGAGUUUUUCGCUUGACGCGUGGGAGACGGUGCUGAAGUUGGUGGACACGCAGGCGGAGUCGCUCACAACUGGGCGCCUCGGGGAUGCUGUGGGCGUGGCGCAGCUGGAGGUGCUCGUGGCGCUGCACGAACUACACCGCUUCGUGGCGGACGUCGACGCCCUCAACGCGGCGGACGCGGUGCGCGUGGAGUCGUCGAACUGGCCUACCCCUUACUGUCCACCUGGGCUGUGGGCGGUGUUGCGGCCGCGAUGGAGGGAGCUGGCGUGCAGUGCGACGGUGCAGGCGCGGCCGACUUUCUUAGCGGUCGUGAAUGAGGUGAAGGGUGGUGGCGGUGCGGAGCCGCUCGCCGCGGAGCCGAAGAAGAGGCACGCCACCCGGAAGCCGCUCGUCCGCCGGAGUCGGAAAGCUUAA